AUUAUCAAAUUGUUACCCUACGAGGCGGCCAAUCGCUUUGAACCCCAAGACGGGCUCUCCCCUCGUGGCAAGCACCAGCGCCAACACCAACCCUCUCUUCAAAUGGAAGAUCCUCGUGUCAGCUCGACGCCUUCAUUUCUCAGUAGUGGGGAUGUCUUCAUCUUGCGUCAUCUUCCAGCGAACUUCACUGUUGGCUGCGAUGCGACAUCCUUUAACAGUGCGCAACCGUUCCUAGGCUUCCGGGACAUCCCAGCUGGGGUUCAUCUGAUUUGGGUCGCGCCCUCUGAGGCCACCUCUUCGAGAAGUGGCUAUUGGAUAUGCACCCCCGAGAGCCAUGGCUCGCAACCAGGACAUGUUUAUAUAAAGCAAUGGGACAGAUAUAACGAAGUCCUCCGUGACCCCACUACACAAGAAGAGCCAUUUCGGGAUGAGAGCCUAGAGCAAAUAUCUGCACGCCUCUCUCCCUAUCAUCUCCGUGCAGCCAGCACAGAGUCCUCCCAUAAACUUGCGUUAUCACAAGGAGAUCAAACCCCUCCAGACUUGCUCGGCGAGCAAAAUAUCUGGUAUCAGCUCACGUUCGCCAUACAGCCGGAUCUGCUGAAUAGGGUCGUAGGCCAAACACAGAAUGCUUGGCAUGUAACAACGACGGACAGCGUAGCCGGGGACUCCGGGCUGGCCAACGAGGCUCAGCUAUAUAAUUCGGGCGCACCUCACCUCCGGUUCAUAUUUCCCAUGGAUGCUCGUCUUAUCAACCCCGAGGCCACAGGCGCAGAAAGAACGCGACAGGCACUAGACCCAAGCGGCUGGGUAAUCGAAAAACUCGAGAAUUCCAACAGUGAGCACCGACCAGAGGAUUUAAUAGGAGAGUUCCAAUUUGCCUUUCUUGUGGGCAUGCACCUCGGGAAUUUUUCCUGCCUCGAGCAAUGGUUCUUCUUAGCCACCCAGCUCAUAUUUCGAUCUUACGACUUGACUGUUGACAGACCACAGCAAGCUCGGAAUCUUAUCCAGACUUUCCACGUUCAGUUGUUAUAUAAUGAACGGUAUCUCCAAGGAGACGUUCUUGAAUUAAUGCCCGAACAAGCCCGGAAACUCCGGCUGGCACUCACCGUAUACAAGACCCGCCUGGAUGAAAAGCUUCGGGCGCUAGGUGACCACUGCACCCCUGACCAACAGGCUGUCGGUAUGUCUUUCUCGUCCCUGGAAUCUUGGCUGUGGAGAUUUGGGUGGGACCUGAAGGGCGAAUAUGUCAGGUCAGGCAAUGUGAUGCUUGAAGACGGUGAGAUGGUGCAAGCGGAACUCUCAGACUUCGAAGACGAGGAUGAGAGAGGUGAAUUUGCUCCCACGGUUGUUGAGAUGGAUAACGGUACAGAAGCUGGUUUGCUAUCUUGGGACACGUAAGUAAUACGAAAUCGGAAAUACCGCCAUCAUGAAUUUCCAUACAGGAAUGGGAAGAAAUUUUGACAGUUCAGUAACGACCACAAUGCAGCAUCACUAACUAACCUAUUGCCCUACUGCCGCGAUGCUCUUUAAUCUCUUUUUCUCCGUUUGAUAACUAUCAGUCUUACCUACUGGAAACCCUGAGGCUACUAUGAGCUGUAACAAUCUUUCUUCCUUUAUCUACGCAUAACGCACGGGUACGCCAAAACAGACAGUCGGGUUCAUGGGCCGAACAUUUGAUCGUCCUGAUGUAAAGAUGGAACUUUGGUCAUAUCUCAUGUUUAUGAGAUAAUAUGCUCUGGAGACUAAGUCACUACGCCU